AUCACAUCGCAAAGAGCUUUGUCUGCAUGAGUAUACAAUCAGGCAGGACGACACAUACCACGAAACUUCAAAUUCCUGCUUGUUGAUCAUGGUCUGCAUGAACGACUAAUCAACGAAUCGAGCGCUGGGCCAUAGCAUAUAAGUAUCAAGACCGCACCGCUGUUGCGUCGCUUUUCGACAUCACACUCAGACCUCGAUCUCCCGAGCGCAUCGUUCAUGCAAGUCGUUCGCUCCAAACCCUGUUCACUUUCUGCAGUCCUUGCUGGCACCAAGUAUCUCUGCUCGUCGUUCAUUCUACGACAUCGCCACCGUCGAUAAGAAUUGGCCUACAACUCCCCCAACAACCUCAGAACACAUCAACGAACUCCUCAACAAGAUGGGUCUCCUGAAACUCGCAUUUCCUCCUGCUUCACUGUACAACAGCAUUCCUUUCAUCCAUGACAUGGAAAGUGUGGUAAAAGCCCAUGCUGAUGACCUUGUCAAACUCAGAGCGCUCCUGGUCAAACAUGACAUGCCAACUAGCGUUUGUGUCAAGCUGCUCCAUAUCCACUUCCAUCUCAGACAUCAAGAAAUAAUCGUUACGCAAGAGUUGGAUGCAUCACCUCACGUGAAGAUCCCUUUCCUAGAGCCUAUGAGUUUGAACGUGGCGGGAAAAGUCUAUGGCUGCAGCUACGUUGUGGACCAUCAGGGCGAUCUCCAAGUGUUUGAGUUUACCAGGGUUGCUGGAGGCCCUGACUUCACUGCCUAUCCAGCAUUUGUCGCAGAGUUCUGCGGUCUUGUUAUGCAACUCGGUGUGCAGGACAAGUUCGGCCUCGCUAUCAACUCUGGCGUUGCUGAGGACGGUGCGUGGAUGGAGCUCGACUACCCCGAGAAGCGAGCAACAUUUCUCCUUCCAGAGAACAUUGCUGUCCCCAGGAGUGAGCACUUGGAGAUGAGAGUGACGACUACCAAGUUUCCGAGACCUGAUAUUACCGACCUACGCAGCAAGCAACACGCUCAUGUCGAGCACUCUUGGUCGAAGAGACGCGCCACCGACGGUGAGGAGAUUCUUGAUGGUGUCACGACCAAGGGCGGGCUCCGCCUGACAGGUAUGGCUCUAGAACAUGGCACGCCUUUCCACCAGGUUGUCUCGGCGAUCGCUGCAGCUGCUUAAUUGCGAUGAAUUCAAAAUGGACCGACACCAUCCUGCCAGUACCAUAACAGAAACGAGUUUAUGGAGUGAUUUCUGACAUCACAGCCUGGAGGUCGGAACGUUUGAAGCUUUUCUUGGCCAGAAACUCACUUGCUUGCUUUGAUUUGGGACUUAGCAUGUAAAUUAGUUCUGCUUUUUCCAGCUCGAGACCAAUCCGUUCUUCGAUUCAUUCGUUCUGCGUCAUAUAUUGUUCACUG